AUGUACAUGGGAAGUGCUGUGGAUCCGGACUUCGAGAAGGAGGUCCUGACCUCCGUGGAUGAGCUGGCCCGACCUUUGGAGAUCAUCUACCGCUCUCUGGUGGAGAGCGGCGAUGAGGAGUCUGACCGCCACUCUGAGGCUUUGGAUGCCAUCACUUCGUGCCUCGGUCUUGGCUCCUACACGUCCUGGUCCGAGCAGGAGAAGUGCGACUGGCUUGUGAAGGAGAUCGAGUCCAAGAGACCUCUGCUGCCGGAAGACAUGGAAUGCAGCGACAUCGUGAAGGAAGUGAUCGCCACCUACAAGACCAUUUCGGAGUUGCCCAUCGAGGCCCUGGGCGCCUACUGCAUCUCCAUGUCAAGGGCCACCUCGGAUGUCCUGGCAGUGUGCCUCUUGCAGAAGGUUGGAGGCGUCAAGAAGUUCAUGCGCGUGAGCCCGCUCUUCGAGACUCGCGACGACUUGAUCAAUGCCCCGAAGGUGAUUGAUGCUGCCUUCAGCGUGCCAUGGUACAAGCAGCACAUUCAGGGCAAGCAGGAGGUGAUGUUGGGCUACUCCUUCCGAGCAGCCAUGCAAGAGCUGGCUGACAUCUCUGCGGCAGAGUACCAGAAGACAGUCUUCAAGAGCGAGAACGACAUCUUUGUCCGCUUCUUCCACAAUUACACUCCUACCUCCGAGUUGGGACAGAUGAACAUCGGCAGCAGGCCGGCCAAGAGACGAGCCUAUGGAGGCAUUGACACCCUCCGGGCCAUUCCUUGGAUCUUCGCCUGGACGCAGACGCGACUUAUGCUCCCGGUUUGGCUGGGCAACGGCUUGGCGCUGCAGAAGUACAUCGAUGAUGGGAAGCUGCCCUUGCUGCAGAAGAUGUACAAGGACGGGCUCCAGCCACUUUGGAUCUAG